CAGUAAUCUUUUGUGACGAGCUCUUGAAAAUAUUCUCUCCAAAAGAACAAAAGAGAAACCCGGCAAUGAUGGUUUACAUUGCUCGAUUCUGCAUUCUCAUCAUCACCAUCUAGCAUGGCUCAUCUCUACAACCUCGCUCCGUCUGCAAUCUGGGUCAUGAUAGCACCUUGCCAUGGCGGAUCGCCACUCGGUUUGAACAUGAUACCCAUCCCCGAUGAUCAGGGCCAAGCGCUAGCCAGGUUGCUCGAUCAUUGCAGGCCCGAUGAGCUCCCAGGCAGUGACGAUACUUGCCCGACUGGGUCAUCCGGACUUCAUACGAACCAGAAGCGAGGAGAAGCGCCUGUCUUGUGAUUGGUCCUGAAGGGGAAAGGCGUGAGACUCCAAACAGGGAAUCUCUCACGGUCGAUGACUGGCUGUAGGAGAAUAGUCCUCCGGAGUAGUACU